AUGGGCGCGUUCGCCAACAUCAAGGGCCUGACGUACUACGCCAACAACGAGGAGGACCCGUACAUCACGCUAAAGGAGGACGACGAGGCUGCGGAGCGGGAGGAGCUCGAGAUCAUGCCGACCGACAACGUGAUCAUCACGGCGAGGACAACAGAGGACCUGUCCUCUCUCGACUUCCACGUGUACGACGAGAGCAACGAGGCGCUGUACACGCACCACGACCUGAUGAUCCCCGCGUUCCCGCUCGGCGUCGAGUGGCUCGACUUUGCGCCCGCCGGCUGCUCCUCGACGAACGCGGAGCGGAGCGGCUCCUUUGUCGCGGCGGCGACGUUUGAUUCCUCGAUCGAGAUCUGGGAUUGCGACAUCCUCGACCCGCUGUACCCGAGUGCGAUCCUCGGACCCCCGGGAAGCCUGGAGAAGCCCGAGGCCAAGCCGAAGGGCACGGGGAAGAAGAAGCGGCGCCAGAUGGUGCAGCCGCAGGCGAACGACGAGUACCACGUGCAGUCUGUGCUGAGUCUCUCGUGGACGCCCAAGUUCCGCAACCUGCUCCUGUCGGGAAGUGCGGACGGAACCGUCAAGCUGUGGGACCUGACGCGCGAGAGCCCGAUGAAGGCGCAGAGCUCGUGGACGCCCCACGGCGGCGAGAAGGUGCAGGCUGUGCAGUGGUCGCCGCCGGCGGGGGACACGGCCGUCCUCAGUGCCGGCUGGGACAGGACGGUCAAGGUGUGGGACCCCAUGACGAAGGCCGGGGACGGGUUCGCAGUCCACGUCGGCGCCGACGUCGAGUGUAUCCGGUGGGACCCCCAUCGGCCGACCGACUUCUUCGUGUCGCUCGAGAACGGCCUCGUGCUGUGCUAUGACGCGAGGGCCAUCUCGUCCAACUCCGACCCCCUCUCGACGCAGCCCAAGUGGACCCUCUCGGCUCAUGACGGCGCCGCGUCCGCCCUCGACCCCAACCCCCACAUCCCCGGAUGCCUCAUGACCGCCGGCAUGGACAAGCUCGUCAAGAUCUGGAACAUUGACGAGUCGGCUGGCGGUCGCGACAUUUCGCUCGUCACGUCGCGCGAUCUCGGUCUAGGCAAGGUCUUCACCGCCCGCUGGUGCCCCGACGUCGAGCAGCCCCUCACCGUGGCCGGAGGCGGCUCCAAGGCCACCCUCCAGGUCUGGGACGUCUCGGUCAACCCGGGUGCUAGGAAGGCUUUCGGAGAGCGCAUCAGGCAGCUCGGACGCGAGCUCAAGGAGAAGCAGGGCGGAGGCGUCAUCGUCAACAACGCCGGCGACAUGGGCGACGACAGCGAUGAGGACAUGUAG